CGGCUCAUCGUAGAUAAGGGUUUUUAUUCUAUGAAAGAAAAUUCCGCAUAAUUUUACCCUCCAUUUUUCUCCCCCUCUGCUUCUCUCUCCUCCAUUGUUCUGUAUCUUAUAGGCGUGUACUUUUUCCUUUAAGCUUUUUACAGCUAAAUAAACUGAAAAAUCAUAAUAUGGGUUUUCCUCAAAAUACCUCUAAUUUUUCCACAAGCUUCAAUUUCAGGUUAAAUUUUUAGGUUUUUUAUUUGAAAUUUUAUUCUCAUAGUAUAUUAGAAUCAGAAAGAGAUGUCGUCGGCUUCAUCAAAAUCAUCAGAUAAGAAAGAUUCAAGUAAACAGCAAUUGAAAGACCCUUAUGAAGUUCUUGGUGUUUCUCGUAGCUCAACAGAUCAAGAUAUCAAAAGUGCUUACAGAAAAUUGGCUCUCAAGUAUCAUCCAGAUAAAAAUGCAAAUGAUCCCCAAGCAUCUGAUAUGUUCAAGGAGGUCACAGUCUCAUAUAAUAUCUUGUCUGAUCCAGAAAAGCGGCGCCGGUAUGACACGUCUGGUUUUGAGGGCGUUGAAUCUGAAGGCCAGGAAAUGGAGUUAGACCUUUCGAGUUUGGGCGCCAUGAAUACCAUGUUUGCUGCACUUUUUAGUAAACUUGGAGUGCCCAUUAAGACCACUGUAUCUGCAAUUGUAUUGGAGGAAGCACUGCGUGGAGAGGUGACCAUCCAUCCACUUCAACUAGGGCUACCGAUGCUUAAUAAGGUUGAAAAACAAUGUGCACACUUCUAUUCUGUCACAAUAACAGAAGCACAAGCUAGAGCUGGUAUUGUUUGUCGAGUUCAAUCACCAGAUAAAAGCAAAUUCAAGCUAUUGUACUUUGACCAGGAAGCAGACGGUGGGUUAGACCUCGCGUUACAGGAGGAUAGCACUAAAACAGAGAAAGUUACAUCUGCUGGAAUGUACUUUCUUGGUUUUCCUGUCUACCGGCUGGACCAAGCAGUCAGUUCGAUGGCAGCUUCAAAAGAUCCUGGCGGUGCCUUUUUCAAAAAGCUGGAUGGAUUUCAGCCAUGUGAAAUAACUGAAUUAAAAGCAGGCACCCAUGUAUUUGCCGUUUACGGUGACAAUUUUUUCAAAAGUGCAAUCUACAAAAUAGAAGCUCUUUGUGCUGAACCUUUUCCGGAAGAAAAGGAUCAGCUGAGGGAUGUCGAAGCUCAACUUCUGACCAAGCGGGCGGAACUCCCUAAGUUUGAAAGCGAGUACAGAGAGGUCCUGGCACAAUUUACAGAGAUGACCAGUAGAUAUGCACAGGAAAUGAAAGCUAUUGAGGAGCUUCUUAAAGAGAGGAGUGAAAUCCAUGCCUCAUAUUCAAAUUCUCCAGUGCCCAAAAGGAGUUCAAUCAGUAGCAAGGUCAGAGGUUCCUUCAAAGAUUCCAAACAGGAUGAAGAACGACAAGCUAGACAUAAAAAAUCUCCAACACCGCCUCUGAAAGAUAAAUCGAUAAGAAAGAAAUGGUUUAAUAUCCACAUGAAAGUCAAGAAGAGAAAAUCCUGCAGCUCUGAAGAACAAUGCUAACUAUGGGUACUUGUCACACGGACUUACCUUAUUAUUUAUUCCAUUUUUGCAUCAACCUUCAUCAUCAUUUAUUGGUGUGAACAUCUUUAUAUGUGAAACUUUGAAGCCAAGGAUACAUACAUAUCCAGCGUAUUAUCCUAGCAAAAGUCAAGUGUCUGUGCAACAAAAAUCUGGCUGUUCGCUUUCGGUCCCUACCCAGAGUCUAAAAGGACUCCUAGUCCAUCGGUGAAGGAUUGUUUUGCGCCAAUAUUUUCACAAAUCUUGCAUGUAUAAAUGAUAGUAGAAAAAUUGGUGUUAUUGAAAACACUUCUGCUUUUUAAGAUCAUGAAAUGUUGGCCAUUGUAUAUUUCUAUUCUUACCUCUACAAAGGCAUCUAACCUUUUGUUUCUUUAUA